UUGAGAGAAGAAAGAAAGAAACCGAAGCAUCAUCCUCUACUCUACUCUUCUCUGCUUGCACCCAACAACCAAACAAAAAUGGAGCUCUCGCAGUUAAACCUCCACGCUCACGAUUUCCCCACCACACACUAUUCUCUCCCCAAAACCCCCACCACUUCUCCAUUCAUUCUCAUACCACUCUUCAUCCUCCGUCACCACCGCCGCCGCCGCACGCGUCUCCGAUGGUCAGCUCCGAGGGCGUGCGCGGCGGCGGAGGUCACCGGCGGAGGGAAGAUGGUGAUGGAGUUGGUCGGAGCCUUCAACGAACUCACCGAGAGGAUGAAGGUGCUGUCGACGAGCUCCUCCGGCCUUCUCUUCAAGUCCCUCAAGCUCUCCAUCCCUGUUCUUCAAACCUCCCCUGUCUCCGCCGAUGGCCGCUCUCCCCUUUCCAAAGCACUGUCCCUCGCCAUGAUCCUCGCUGAUCUCCAGAUGGAUGCUGAAGUUAUAUCGGCUGGAAUAUUGAGAGAGGUGUUGGAGGUAGGUGCAUUGAGUAUCAAUGAAAUUCAGAGCGAGAUAGGUGCUGCCACUGCUCAUUUGGUGUACGAGAGUUUGCGUGUGAAGAACAUCCCGUCCAGGAUUGAUGUUCUGGAUGAUGACAAUGCUGCUGCGCUGAGGAAGUUCUGCCUCACUUAUUAUGACAUCAGGGCUUUGAUCUUGGACCUGGCCUUGAAGCUUGACAUGAUGAGACAUAUUGCUUAUCUCCCUAGGUACCAGCAGCAGAUCCUUUCCCUACAAGUGAUGAAAAUUCAUGCCCCCCUUGCUCAUGCUCUGGGGACUACCUACUUGUCACUGGAGUUGGAAGAUCUGUCCUUUCAGUAUUUGUUUCCUUACUCAUACCUUUAUGUUGAUACGUGGUUGACGAGUCAUGAGACUGGGGAUAAACCUCUUAUUGAUGUGUACAAGGAAGAACUGCUCCAGACACUAGAAGCUGACCCAUUGAUUGCGGAACUUGUGGAUGAUAUCUCAAUUAAAGGUCGCUAUAAGAGUCGUUACAGCACGAUGAAGAAGCUCUUGAAGGAUGGUAGGAGGCCAGAAGAUGUGAAUGAUGUGCUUGGGCUGCGAGUCGUGUUGAAUCCUAAACCUGGUGAUGGUGCAUUGGAAGCUGGAGAGAGAGCUUGCUAUAGGGCUCAUGAGAUCAUUCAGUCCAUGUGGAAAGAAAUCCCUUACAGGACAAAAGAUUAUAUUGCCAGGCCAAAAGCAAAUGGGUAUAGAAGUUUGCAUAUGGCAGUGGAUGUGAGUGACAAUUGUAGGACAAGACCAUUGAUGGAAAUACAGAUAAGAACAACAGAAAUGGACAGGUUAGCUGUUGGUGGAACAGCUUCACACUCAUUAUAUAAGGCUGGUCUUACUGAUCCACAAGAGGCAAAGCGUCUGAAGACAAUCAUGCUGGCUGCAGCUGAGCUUGCUGCUCUGCGCCUUAGAGAUCUUCCAGGCGCAAUUCAUAAAGGGAUCGAGAUUGACCAGAGGGAUAGAGUGUUUCGCCUUCUUGACAAGAAUGGAGAUGGUAAAAUUAGCAUUGAGGAACUUGCAGAGGUGAUGGAGGAGCUUGGUGCACCAGGAGAAGAUGCCAAAGACAUGAUGCAGCUCCUUGACUCGAAUAGUGAUGGCUCUCUGAGUUCUGAUGAAUUUCAUAUGUUCCAAAACCAGAUUGAGUUGGUGCACAAUUUAGAGGACCGAGAUGAUCAGUACAAGAAAAUGUUGGAUGAGAAGCUUCAUAUGGCAGAUGACAGUGGAUUAAUUCAGGUAUAUAAUAAGGAGUUCGGCAACAGGCUUGUAAGCUAGUGUGUAAGUGAUGUAUGUAUUUUCCAUGUAAAUUAAUUGAUUGCAUAGUGAAGUUCCAGUGAUUAAGAAAUUGUUUCAAAAUCAUGCUUACUCUGACCUAUUGUUUUAUAAUUCAAUGUUAUCUUCAUAGUCCAAA